CCAUGAGAGGCUCUCUCUUAGCUUAGUGGCUUUAACACCCAGACGUGUACUUCAAACGUGCUCCCUUUGUCUGCCGCCCUCGUCUGCUCGUUGUGCAAAAAUUUGAUCUCAGAUAGAUACUAGGGUAAAAAGUUCGACCAUAUUUUUCAGCGCGUUCAAUACCUAUACGAUUCCCAUUCAUUUUCCGCGGAAUUUGUCAAUUUAAUGCAAUUCUUUUUUGUAUCAUUUCAACCUCGAAAUUUAUUCAGGCACACAGUACUUAGAGUCUGACCACUUCAAAAAAUUGAACAUUGGAAGAGCGAUAGUUAUAAUAUCAAUAAGCCCGAUUGUUUGCCAUGUAUUCGUCCUCUUUAUGUAUCUACGCGUUGUGUUUCUCCAAGUUUUCCUCUUAGUCUGUCGACAGCUUGUGAUCAGAUAAACUUCUGUGAACAGUGUUAAAUUACCGUACAUUUUUUCCUCACCUUCUUACUCUCAUGUAUUAAGACUAUCAACGCCUUUGUCGCAUUCUCACGUACAAAUUUUCACCCACGUCAUUAGUGUUCUCAGAAGCUAGAUGUGCGAAGCGCUUCCCCUGACAUUUUUCAACACUUCGUAUCACCAGGUCUCACCAAGGUCAAAUUUCAGAACCGCCGUCAGAGGCCAGUCGGACGUUCAGCUUUUGACCGCGAUAUACGGCCUUGUCCGCCAUCUUUCUUUUUAGAUACGUAAGCAAACCCUACGUCGCUUAUACGUGUGCCGUGUUUGCUCGGGCAUCUCUCACAAAACCUCUGUGAAGUUUCUUUCUCGUUAUAUUUGUCUCGCGGAGAGGACGUCGGAAGAGCUGCACAUAAAGAUGAAUCGGCACGACUCGUCUUCGGACAGCAGCGACAAUGGCGAAGUCAGCUGCACCUCUGCGAAGACCCUCAACUUCUCGUACUUGAUUCUAGAUUCUCACGCUCUCCAUCACCAGUUCGACUACAUCUGCCAUGAGGGUGAAAAGCGGGCGGAAAAAAUCGAAACCAUGUUGCUCUACCACAACGUGCUUCAGGUUAUUCCUCUCAACAUCGUCCGCUUCACCAACCUCCGGGUCUUGAACGUGAGCAACAACCGGUUGACCGAGCUUCCAGAGGCCAUCACCAAGUUCCCCUUGACCACCCUCGUCGCCAAGAACAACCUGAUCGAGAACAGCGGCAUCCCUAAGAGCCUCGCCAACCUCAACCAGUUAAGAACCUUCAACAUGAGCGGCAACCGGUUGGACGUCUUCCCCCAUCAGCUCCUCGAUGUACCGUCCAUCAAGUACUUGUACCUGGGAAGUAACCAGAUCCAGGAACUCCCACGGAAAAUCUGUGUUAUGCAACAACUAAAAAUUCUGUACCUUGGAGGCAAUCGGCUGACAGAAUUACCAGACUGCGUAGGCACAUUAAAUGAUUUGGAAGCUUUGAUACUCAGUGACAAUCAACUGGAAAAUCUUCCCGCUAGUGUGGCAGACCUUAAGAAGUUGAAAUCCUUGCUCCUUCACAAGAAUCGACUGCGAGCCUUGCCCACAGAAAUCAUCGCAUUGAAGUGCCUCUCAGAGUUGAGUCUCCGAGAAAAUCCAUUGGUCGUUCGGUUCGUUGCGGACAUGACUCACAACCCUCCUUCGCUAAUGGAAUUGGCAGCACGCACGAUAAAAAUACACAACAUGGAGUACAAAAACGAAGGACUGCCCAACCACCUCAUCGAGUACCUCAACAGCGCCCACCACUGCGUCAAUCCCAAAUGCAGAGGAGUAUUCUUUGAUAACCGGGUGGAACAUAUCAAGUUUGUCGACUUUUGUGGAAAGUAUAAAGUACCUCUGUUGCAGUAUUUAUGCUCCUCUAAGUGUAUAGUCAGCAAUUCUGCCAUCCAAGGAGAGAGCACAGAUAGUUACAUGAUGAAGAAAGUUCUGCUCGGAUAAAUCAGAUAUGGAAAACGAGUCAAACCUGUGCAAAAGCAGAUGCUUGCUCACGUUUUGUUUUGAUUCCCCUUAUUUUUUGAAAAAUGUCGGCUUGGAAAAUCAGCGAGAAAAAAAAGCAGAGAAUAAUAUUUUAUUUUCUUAUUUACAUUUCCUAUUGGUAAAAAUGCCCUUCAGAAUGAAUUAAGUAUGUCAAAUUACAGAGACAAAAAAAUAAACACAAAAUACAAAUAAAACAAUUGAAGAU